CCUACUCCACUUCUUAUAAAUAUUCUGCACUUGCUUAUGUCUACUUGAUGACGCUGCCCAUUAGUAAGAGAAUGUGAGAGUAGCCCCACUAGUUGCCUAGACUAUUGAUACUCAACCUGUCUCUCGUUUCUUUUCUGCCUUGAAACGUGAACCUCGCACUUCAAAUCAUGCCACACAACAGUUUGCUCCGGGAUGCUUGAACUUGCAAUCAUUCACGAGAAAUUGCUCCUCUUUCUUGUUUCAAAGCCUACUCAAAGGCCAACAAUGCCUGGCACUUACCAUGUGCUCACGUCUCCUUAAAAACGCGCUCAUCCAUAAUCUCAUUCCCAAGUGUUUGCCUUAUAAGCUGUCCCGGUACCAUCAUCUCUUGUACUAAUACAACAGAGAUGAAGAGUUCUAAGAUUACCGUGUGUGUUAAAGAACUCACAGUGCGCAUCGGAAGAGACAGGAGCUUUCACGUCACCACUACCAUAAUUUUCUGUCUGUCUAUGGCGUUUGUUGCAAUUGGUCUUGGGAUGUACAUUCAUGAUCACAUAAAAAGGGUCAUUAUUUCAGAUGAAUUCUAUUCUACUCAACUGAGUCCACUUCUUGCAUUGGCACCAACGUCAGCGUUUUCUAACUCUUCAUUGGCCGCUUCUUCACCGAUCCCAUUUGAACGUGCAAUUGGUCGGGCGGGUCCUGAUACGUCAUGGCAUUCAAUGAGUGAUGAGGAACUUGCAUGGCGAGCCUCCAUGGUGCCCCGAAUCCUAGAGUACCCGUACAAUCGGACGCCGAAGGUGGCGUUCAUGUUCUUGAGCAGAGGGAGACUGCCUCUAGCUCCUCUGUGGGAGAGAUUCUUCAAGGGACACCAGAAUCUCUAUUCAAUCUACCUGCACAUGUCGGUGGACCUCAGCAAUGAUGAGAUGCCGGAGACAUCGGUGUUUUACAGGCGCAGGAUACCAAGCAAGCCAGCUCAAUGGGGGCGGGCAAGCAUGAUGGACGCCGAGAGGCGCCUCCUGGCUAAUGCCCUGCUCGACUUCUCCAACGAGAGAUUUGUGUUACUCUCGGAAACGUGCAUUCCUCUUUUCAACUUCACCAUGGUUUACAGCUAUCUCAUCAACUCCAAUCAGAGCUUCCUCGGCUCGUUCGACGACCCUAGGCCCAUGGGAAGAGGCCGAUACAACAAACGGAUGUGGCCCACAGUGUUGUUGUCCGAGUGGCGUAAAGGCUCUCAAUGGUUCGAAGUCCAUCGUAGGGUCGCUGUCGACAUAGUGUCUGACGUCACGUACUACCCUGUGUUCAGGGACCAUUGCAAACCUCCUUGUUACAUGGACGAACAUUACUUGCCGACCCUCGUCACUAAAGUUUGCCCGGGUGCAAACUCGAACAGGAGCAUCACUUGGGUCGAUUGGUCCAGAGGCGGUUCACAUCCCACGACAUUUACGAGGACGGACAUGUCUCAGGUGUUCUUGGAAAGGAUAAGACAUGGAUUUAAUUGUACUUACAAUGGCAUCGUGACCUCGAUUUGCUUCCUUUUCACUCGAAAGUUCCAUCCAAACACUCUUCAGCCUCUCCUCAAGAUAGCUCCCCCAUUGCUUGGCUUUGUCCCAUAGAACAGGAUAGUAAAGCAGUGUCAAAUGGAAGACUUGACAUGACUCGUGAGCAGCAAGUAUGCUUCCUAUGACUCUCACUGACCAGCUGAACCGUCCUCUAUGGAGUAACCAACAGUAGUGAUUACAAACUUGAUAAGAGAAAUGAUUACAUGAGGGUUCAACAUCAUAUACAUAAGACUGAACUCUGGUUUGAUAGCAACAAUAUAUCUGUGAGUUGGUGACCUUAAUUAUGGUUCUUUGAUGUCCUCCUUAGACAUUUCAGUAAUAAAUGGCAAAAUGCAGCGGAUGACAUGAGUAUUCCGUUCGUACAACAUUGCCAUCUAAAGUUUCAAAGGAAAUGCAGCUUUUAAGCUGAGGAAAAUUAAGCCGUGACUUAGAAAGCCAAAGAUUGCUGAAAAGGAAAUGGAGCAUCAGGUGAGGGUUUUGCAUGAAAAUAACCAAAAAGCAACUAGAGAAUAUAAGAGAGUAUUAGAAGGGACUAGUUAGUCAGUAGUCACGAGCAAGAAUAAGUGGACAGUGAAUGGAAUUGAGGAAGAACCACAGCAGAGAGAGAGAGAGGGAGAGGAGCUACUGCACUGGCAACUCACAAAUGAACUCUCAAUUAAAUGCUACUCUAAGGUUGAUAUUAUUUUGGUGACAUCACAUAUACAUUAGAGUCAAUACCACUUUAAGAUUCAAACAAUGGCCCGGACUACGAAAAAUGGUGAAUUUAGGACAAAAAGAAUGGAGUGGGGAAAAGAAUAGAC